AUAUCAACGUCAGGGGAUCAAAGCGAGAAGAACAGAUUUCCAUUGUAGGAGUAUAUAUAGAAGAUCAUGUGUAGGUAAGCUAUAGCAUAUCAUAGUACCACACACACUCCUUCCCUCCCUGCCCGGCCACUUGACACUUGUCACUCUCCAUUACUCCCCAUUGCCCCCAAGAAAGGAACUCCACCUAUUCUCUUUGUGGCCAAUACCCAUUUCUUCCCUAGCUAGCUAGCACGCCAUCAUCUGUUUGCCCCCAUACUGUUCUUCUCUACGGCAUCCCAAGGAGAGGAGACAUAUAUAGCACUUGUGAAGCAAGUCGCUAGAGAAUUAAGUCUGUCGUGAUCGGUCACCCGAUCAUCUGACAGGCAAAGAAGAAGGGGCCGUGGGCAGUUCUUCACAAUGGGCGGCAGUAUUGGUGGUCGAUGCCGGAUCAGUGGGCUGGCCUUGGUCGUCGUCGUCGUGCUCUUGUCGACGACAAUGGCAAACGGCAUUAGGACCGGUGGGGCAACUAACGUUGGCACCGGUGCUCCUGGUCCAGCUGCAAUAUCUGCCACUGAUGUGGCGCCGCCGCCGCCGGUUGCUGCCGCUGCAACAACGGUGCCUUCCGAGAAGGCUGCAUUGGAUGAUACGUACAAGGACAGCAAGAGGAAGGUGCCCAACGGGCCUGAUCCGAUUCACAAUAGGAGAACCAGAUGGGGAGACGCACCGGCGAGGCGAGUGUAGAGCGUCGACAGGCAUUUAGGCGCGUAAACUGCCGAGAUCCAAAGGCCAAAAACACCGAUCGAGCACAACAUUGAAGUGGCAAUGGAAGGUUCCAUGGCUACUUGCAACAGCCAUGGUGGUGCUCAUGAUGGUCGUCGAGGGAGAGUUAUAUACUUAUAUAAGUAUUCAUGUACUCGCUUGCUUUGGCCAAAGUGUUCUGAUCUCUCUUGACGAGGGUUUUGUAUUCUUUUUUCCUUUCCUUUUUCUUCUUUUGGAGGGGUUAAUGGUGUUAAAAGGAGCACUCCAACUCCAAGCGUAUUACUGCGUUCACAGUUUCACACAGAGUAAAAGCUCACACGACUCAAAGAUUCUUGUCACGACA